GGGUUGCUGGGUGCAUGGGUUUCGUCAGAAGGUGGAAAUCUCUCUGUGAGAAGCUGCCAUCUCCCCGCCACCCGCUCUUCCCCUUCUCUUUCUGCCAUCCUCCUUUCCUUCCUCCCUCGAUCCACUCCACUCCACUCCCUCCCUCUUUUCUCAGUAGCCUCCUCUUUACUCUCUGAGUUAACUGAGAGCCGACCUGCCAUCUCCAACAUUUUCACCCUCUUUCCCCGCCCCCAUCACCGAGAAUGGAGUCAGGGUUUCCGGAGAGACCAAACUCUGCUCUCAGCACCUUUCCCAGCUGCUGUUGCUAAACUGACCUCGGAGGACGAGAGGGGAAGGAGGUGCGACGCCCCUUACAUCAGUACAUAACUACCACACCAACCACCUCCACUUCAAAGCCGGAUUUUGCAUACUGGGGGCGGGACAGACCUCGUCCCGGGCUGAAUUCUCUCUCCACUGUUCGAGAUUGGCACACCCAGAAUGAAGAAGAUGAGCAACAUUUAUGAGUCCGCUGCCAACACACUGGGAAUCUUUAACAGCCCCUGCCUGACCAAAGUUGAGCUGCGUGUGGCGUGCAAAGGCAUUUCUGACAGAGAUGCCCUUUCCAAACCAGACCCCUGUGUCAUCCUCAAGAUGCAGUCUCACGGACAGUGGUUUGAGGUUGACAGGACUGAGGUGAUUCGCACCUGCAUAAACCCAGUGUACUCAAAACUGUUUACUGUGGACUUUUACUUUGAGGAGGUUCAGCGCCUGCGGUUUGAAGUCCAUGACAUCAGCAGCAACCACAAUGGGCUGAAGGAGGCCGACUUCCUUGGUGGCAUGGAGUGCACACUUGGCCAGAUUGUUUCCCAGAGAAAGCUGUCCAAAUCCUUGCUGAAGCAUGGGAACACAGCAGGGAAAUCUUCCAUCACGGUGAUUGCUGAAGAAUUAUCUGGCAAUGACGACUACGUUGAGCUUGCAUUCAAUGCACGGAAAUUGGAUGACAAGGAUUUCUUCAGUAAAUCUGACCCAUUUCUGGAAAUUUUUCGUAUGAAUGAUGAUGCAACUCAGCAGCUGGUGCACCGAACUGAGGUUGUGAUGAAUAACUUAAGCCCAGCCUGGAAAUCAUUCAAAGUAUCCGUAAAUUCUCUAUGCAGCGGAGACCCAGACCGCCGGCUGAAGUGCAUAGUAUGGGACUGGGACUCCAAUGGCAAGCAUGACUUCAUUGGAGAAUUUACCUCGACAUUCAAGGAGAUGAGAGGAGCAAUGGAAGGGAAACAGGUGCAGUGGGAGUGCAUCAAUCCCAAGUACAAAGCCAAGAAGAAGAAUUACAAGAACUCAGGCACUGUGAUUCUGAAUCUGUGCAAGAUUCACAAGAUGCACUCUUUCUUGGACUACAUCAUGGGUGGCUGCCAAAUCCAGUUUACAGUAGCUAUAGAUUUCACUGCCUCAAACGGGGACCCCAGGAACAGCUGUUCCUUGCACUACAUCCACCCUUACCAACCCAAUGAGUAUCUGAAAGCUUUGGUAGCUGUGGGGGAGAUUUGCCAAGACUAUGACAGUGACAAAAUGUUCCCUGCCUUUGGGUUUGGUGCCAGGAUACCUCCAGAGUACACGGUCUCUCAUGACUUUGCAAUCAACUUUAAUGAAGACAACCCAGAAUGUGCAGGAAUUCAAGGAGUUGUGGAAGCCUAUCAAAGCUGUCUUCCUAAGCUCCAACUCUACGGUCCCACCAACAUUGCCCCCAUCAUCCAGAAGGUUGCCAAGUCAGCGUCAGAGGAAACUAACACCAAGGAGGCAUCGCAAUACUUCAUCCUGCUGAUCCUGACAGACGGUGUCAUCACAGACAUGGCCGACACCCGGGAGGCCAUUGUCCAUGCCUCCCACCUCCCCAUGUCAGUCAUCAUCGUGGGAGUAGGGAAUGCUGACUUCAGUGACAUGCAGAUGCUGGACGGUGACGAUGGGAUUCUGAGGUCACCCAAGGGAGAGCCUGUUCUUCGAGACAUCGUCCAGUUCGUGCCCUUCAGGAACUUCAAACACGCAUCUCCAGCUGCCCUGGCAAAGAGCGUGUUGGCUGAAGUCCCAAACCAAGUUGUGGACUAUUACAAUGGCAAAGGAAUUAAACCAAAAUGUUCAUCAGAAAUGUAUGAAUCUUCCAGAACACUAGCACCAUGAACUCCCCACGCAGUUUUACAGAGUUCUGAAAUACUACUCCUGCUAAUAUUUCAUAUUUAAUACUUCUACUACUCCUGUAUUUUAAAAAAACAACAACACAUACACAUUUAAAAAUAGCACGUUUUGGUGAUUUUUAACUAUCUGACGAUUUUUUUUGCAUGUGUAGCCCUGAGGCUUGGAUCUGUUAAACCCUCGUAUUGUUAACUUUUUACAAAGAAAUACAGAUAAUAAUAACUUACUAUUUACAUUACAGCAUGUCGCCUUGAAAUAAAAUGGUAUCUGUAUCUGUUUUUUAUACAGGUUUGUUGAAAUUUUGCUAAAUUUCUUAUCUUUACACUCUACAGCAUUUUGAAACAUUUAUUGAAUGUUGAUAGACAAAAUAUACUUGGUUUUAUCUGCUAUAGGAUGAAAGACUUUUUAAAAUGGCAGAUGCAUGGACUGUAUUUUGCAUGUUUAAAAUAAAAAAAGAAAAACCCA